AUGGCGCGAGACGAUGAAAAAACCGCUGCGUCUUCCGGAGGAUGGGGGAACACGCUGCCAUAUUUGGCCCCCUUUAGUGUGUAUGUUGCUGUGGAUGGGAGUUGGGAUCCUCAAGUGGGUCGUAUGGGUUGUGCAGCUGUGUUUCGUGAUAGCCACGGAAAAUGGAUGUCUGCAAGUUCUCUGAGUUACGAUAAUGGCAGCAGCUUCCUUUCUGAACUUAAGGCUGUGGAGUUGGGUUUACAACACGCGCUCGAGCAGGGGCACAACACUGUGGAUUGUAAAUCAGAUUGUUUACAAGUGGUGCAAGCAUUACAGGAUGGGGGUGAUACUAGCAGCUUUUGGGAUAGAGAGGAGAUCAGGCAGGUGCGUGGUCUUUUAUUGCAGUUUCAAAGUUUUCGGUUAUCUCAUGUUGAUCGGAAUAAGAAUAACACGGCGGACAAAUUAGCGCGGGAAGCAUGCCGCUUGGGUUCACCUUUGCAAGUUUGGGCUAGACCUCCCUCUUUUGUUUAUGCAUCAUUGUAUUUGGAUGCAAUUAGUUAG